AUGACGACCAUGACGUCCAUGAGCUGCACGCCGACCUCGUCCUCCGCCCACCUGCACCACCCGUCUGUGCUGAGCUCGCACCACCACCACCACCAGCCCCAGGGCCUGGAGGGAGACCUGCUGGACCACCUGACCCCGGGGCUGGCGCUGGGCGCUAUGACGGCGCCGGACGUGUGCUCGGCGUCUCACGGUCACCACAUGUCGGCCAUUAACCACAUGCAGCACCACCACCACGCGCAGGCCGUUAGCAUGCACGCCCACGGCCUGUCGCACGGCGGUCUGGGCACCGUGGAGGCGGAGCCUGAUCCUCGAGAGCUCGAGUCGUUCGCCGAACGCUUCAAACAGCGGCGCAUUAAACUGGGCGUGACUCAGGCCGACGUGGGCUCGGCGCUCGCCAACCUGAAGAUCCCGGGCGUGGGCUGCCUGAGCCAGAGCACCAUCUGCCGCUUCGAGUCGCUCACGCUGUCGCACAACAACAUGGUGGCGCUGAAGCCCAUCCUGGAGGCGUGGCUGGAGGAGGCCGAGCGGGCCCAGAGGGAGAAGAUGGCCAAGCCCGAGAUCUUCAGCGGCGCCGACAAGAAGAGGAAGCGCACGAGCAUCGCGGCGCCCGAGAAGCGCUCGCUGGAGGCUUACUUCGCCGUUCAGCCGCGACCGUCCUCAGAGAAGAUCGCCGCCAUCGCAGAGAAACUGGACCUGAAGAAGAACGUGACCGUGGACUCAGACAGAGGCCGCAGCCGCCCCGGGGCAGGCCACAGCUCAGACUCAGACAGAGGCCGCAGCCGCCCCGGGGCAGGCCACAGCUCAGACUCAGACAGAGGCCGCAGCCGCCCCGGGGCAGGCCACAGCUCAGACUCAGACAGAGGCCGCAGCCGCCCCGGGGCAGGCCACAGCUCAGACUCAGACAGAGGCCGCAGCCGCCCCGGGGCAGACGGCUCCGGUGAAACCUGCUCCAGACGCAUCUGUGUUUACUUCCUCAUUCCUCGUGGAUCGAAGACGCUUCAGUUCCAGGUUGGACCGGAGCAGGUCUGUGGAGCGGCUGUGGAGCGGCUGUGGAGCGGCUGUGGAGCGGCUGUGGAGCGGCUGUGCAGCGGCUGUGGAGCGGCUGUGGAGCGGCUGUGGAGCGGCUGUGGAGCGGCUGUGGAGCGGCUGUGGAGCGGCUGUGGAGCGGCUGUGGAGCAGCGUCUGUGGAGCGGCUGUGGAGCGGCUGUGGAGCGGCUGUGGAGCGGCUGUGGAGCGGCUGUGGAGCCACAGACUCUGAACUGA